AUGGCAGCAAAAAGGCGCAUGAGUCAGGAAGAACGGACGCGCCUGAGUUCACUCUUUCAUGCCUACGAUGUGGAUAAUUCAGGGUGUAUCGAAAAACAAGAGUUCUCUACUAUAUGUCAGGAACUCCAUGUCCCGUCCCAAGAAGCAGAUGGCAUAUUCGAGCGCCUGGACGUUGACAAUGACGGCACGGUGACCUUAGAGGAGUUCAUCAGCGGCUUUAGAGAACGCCACCAGGAGAAAGAAGAUGACACAGAGGACGAGAAGUCCUCAGGAAGUGAGGGAGACUUUCCAAGCGACACAGAACACCUGAUAUCCAGCCAGACACAUCCCCCCAUCAGGGGCAUGAGCGCAGAGGAGCAGGAGCGGCUGCGCACCCUCUUCCAGACCUACGACGUGGACAACUCCGGGGAGAUAGAGAGGAACGAGUUCCUCACCAUCUGCGCGGAGCUGCAGGUGUCCGCGGACGAGGCUGAGCGGAUAUUCAACCGGCUGGACGUCGACAACGACGGAACAGUCACUCUGGUGGAGUUCAUCAGCGGCUUCCACGACCGCUACGGAGAGGUCAUGGAGUCUGACGGAGGAGACGUGUCCGCCGCCUGGGAGAGCUUCGAGAGGAAGCUGGGCGAGCAAGCCAAGUUCAUCCCCAGGAGUGAACAAGCAGCGACGUUGUACCAGAACAUCAGUCUGACUGAGCCCAGGCUGAUAAAUCAGUUUGAGAAAGUCAUCCUAAACUUCACUAAAGAGAUCAAACAGCAGAACUCGGAGAUGGAGAACCUGGCCCUCGCCAUCAAACGAGCACAGGACCAAGCUUCAAUGCAGCUCAGUGAAAUGGAGGAAGAGAUGGAUCAACGCAUCCAUGCUGCUGAGAAAAAAGCACGAGAGCAGGAGAGGAAGAAAACAGAAUCUACAGUGAGCGAGUUACACAGAAGUUAUGAAACUGAAGUGUGUGAGCUGCAGUGUAAGAUCCAGAGGAUGCAGAUGAUAGAAGAGAAAUACAAGAACAACGCAGUGAAAGACGAGUCUCCGGCUCUGAGGAAGAAGAUCAAUGAGCUAACACUGGACAACCAGCGGUUAAAACAGGACCUCUUGAGGUCUCAGACCAAAGUGGCCUGUUUGCACAGUGAGAUGGACUCGCUAAAGACGGAGAUCACCGAUCAAAGCAUCAACUCUGAACGAGACGAGGAGCUCAUGAAACACUUCUCUGACGAGCGAGACAUCCUGGAGAGCCAGAUCGAGAUUCUGCAGACAGCCAACAGGAAGCUGCAUGACAGUAACGACGGCUUGAGAGCCGCUCUGGAGAGGAUCACCAGGUCGGGUAACGGUGGAUCACCAGGAGAAAUAAAGAACAGAAACAGAAGUAAAAGUAUCUGUUACACGUCCCCCCACGUACUGAUGGACAGGUUCGUGCAGCGUAUGGAUGACAUCCCUCUGUACCCUCGCCGGCCGAGCUGUGACACUCUGGCCUUGGCCAUGUGCGACCCAGGCCUGAGGCGCAGACACAGCAGUGAGUGCGAGGAGGACAGCCUGCCGGAGGUCUACAUGGACAGCGGCCUGUCAACUCUCAGAGGUUCACACGGCGGCUACGACUCAGAGCAGGAGGUCAAAGGUCAAGAAGAAGAGGAAGAGGAAGAGAGGGAGGAGAAGAAAGGGGAGGAUGACAACAACGAUAGCAUGAUGGGAGAAAACUCUGACACUGAGCCAGCAGAGACUCAGGACGGUGAAUCAGCAUUCGGGUCAGACAGCAGCUCAGUUUUGGACUGGAAGCCUUCUGAAAUCAUUAGUGUGACCAAACCCUCAACCCCACCGACACGAAAAGCCCUCACUGCCAUCAGCGUUCAGAAGGAUGACAGGGACAGCGCUGACCUGGGCUACAUGACAUCAGAGAAGGCCUACAGGAUCGUGUUGGCUGGAGAUGCUGCUGUGGGAAAGUCCAGCUUCCUGCUCCGUCUCUGCAAGAACGAAUUCAAAUUAAACUCCAGCGCUACACUGGGAGUGGAUUUCCAGAUGAAGACACUAAUCGUGGAUGGAGAGCCCGUUUUACUGCAACUAUGGGACACUGCAGGACAAGAGAGGUUUCGCAGCAUUGCAAAGUCAUAUUUCCGCCGAGCGGACGGUGUUUUGCUAUUGUAUGACGUCACCUGUGAGAAAAGCUUUCUCAAUGUCCGAGAGUGGGUGGACAUGAUCGAGGAUGUGUCCCAGGAGGAUAUUCCCAUCAUGCUUGUGGGAAAUAAGUCUGAUCUCAGACAAGAUGGACUCACCAGUGUUCCUACCAGCUAUGGAGAAAAACUGGCCAUGACAUACAACACUCUGUUCUGUGAAACGAGUGCCAAAGAUGGCUCCAACAUCCUGGAGGCUGUGCUGCACCUGGCCAGGCAGGUAACAAAACAGGCUACUUUUGAUGAGAAAAGUCACUACCAGUCGCUGCCCAAUUUAGACGCUCCCAGGAAGAAACCAAACUUCUCCUGCUGCACUUGAUCAAGGUUCAUCAGAGCUCGGACCUCAUCAGGUGGAAAAAGGACAGCAAAUGCAGAAACCUGCCAAAAAUAAGAGGCAACAGGAUCAAAUCACAAUGUCUCAAAUAAACAAAACAAUUUAACAUAUGGAUUAAACAAUCAUGGGAUCACAGCAAAAUAUGCAGAACUUCUGACUUUAGUUCAGAUUUUUGUUGUUAUUUAAACAUGAUGUAUUGAGUUGUAUUUCAGCCACAGCUUGAGAUCUUGCUGUUCUUUAUAUGAAUGUUUUAGUCAGUUUAAACUCGUUGCCAUGUGAAAGUUAUGUUUGUUUGUAUAUUAUGCCAUUACAAUGAAGUAGUAGCACAGUUGCCCCAGACUGCCAUGUUGUGAAGCUUAUCAUGAAAGAGACAGACAGCUGGGAAAGUGAAGAAAAGGAUUUGAAAGUGAAGCCAAGUAUAUGAGCUUGUUUUUAAAGUGACAUUAGUGAUAGAGGACUGAUAGUAUUUUUAGCGUAUGUAAUGGUGAGGAAAUAGGACCAAUAAGAUUAAAUUCUUAUCUGUUUAACUGUUGCACAUAUCUGAUUGCUUCUGAGCUCUCUAUCAGUGUAAGUGCAGGUAUGAAAUGAUUUGCAGCAUGUUGGUGGCCGAGAAAAGGAAACAGAUGUUUGUUGUUUGUGCCACCCAGAAAGUCAAACUCUAGCGAGUGAACUGCAUCGAUGGCCAAUGUGGAGACACUAAAAGAAUCAUGAGAGAACUUAAAGCAAGAGCCUCGUCUUUGUUCAUAUACAAUGAACCCUGGUGCAAUGUGUGACUGUGUGAGGCUUCAUGCUAACCUCACAACCCUCCGUCGUUAAUAUAUUACCCCACAGUGUUACAUUUCUUUUCAUCCGUCUUCCUAAUGACUGUCUAUAUGUUUGGAGCUGAACAUAUAAAAGAUCUUGAAUGCUUUAAAUAACUAGUGUAAUUUUAUUUUCUGGUAUGAGUAAUGUAAAUUAGGGUUACGCUUAAAGGAUAGCUGGCAGGAAUCAGAGCCCUUAUCUUAACAGUUGAUACACUACAUUACUGUUAUUCAACUGUUAUUCUGUCUGAAUGUGUCCAUAUUAUCCUGGCACAGUAUCACUGCUGAUGUUACAGAAUAUGUCUUUUAUUAUGUAUUAUUAAUACCUUCGUAUUAUCUAUAUUAUGAGCCUGUUGAAAUUGAGUAUAUAGGUAAUAAAAUGCUUCAAAUUAAGAGAUUUUUGGAACAGUGUAAAAACGGAAUAGUGAAUAGAGAAUGACAGGAAUAAACAGAAACAAACAAUAAUGCUGUGUGGCUUUUCACCCGCCGCUGAGUGCGAGUCCACUUGGAACAAGUCUACUAUCUUAGAUAUUUAUUGAUUCCUCUUCAUAUAAAGUAGUGUGCUUGAAGCAUACUGAACCCUUUAUACUGUGUUUUCAGACGCAACGUGAGUCACAGUCCUGUUUGUGAUGUUGUCACACGUCUGACUCUCUGUCUAAUCUGAGGGUGAGAAAAGUUCAAGAACCAGCAGAUAUCUAAAUAUACAGCAUAGAACCUGUUGCUAUUUAUGUCCACACGGAUUUAACUUCUUUU